UCCACACGAGCCAAAAUACAAGCAUUCACGGCCACGUACAUAUAGGCCCUGCAGCUGGUCGACUCCAGCUUAUAAUUCUUCCAGGAGAAACGGCUAAUAUCCUUAUUCAGGUGAGGGUGAUCGUCUACAUUGUAGCUGCAGGCGAUGGAUGAUGCCGCGGUGGCUGGGUGCUUCCGGGACAAGAUCAUCCUCGUCACUGGCUCAACCGGCUUCCUCGGAAAAUUGCUGGUGGAGAAGAUACUGAGGGUUCAGCCUGAUGUGAAGAAGCUCUACCUGUUGGUGCGUGCGCCGGAUGCUGCCUCCGCCGAGCAGCGUAUCCUGUCCCAGGUGUUGGGGAAGGAUCUGUUCAAUACCCUGCGAGAAAAGCACGGGCUUGCUGGCUUCCAGAAGCUCGUCAAGGAAAAGAUAGUUCCUCUUGCAGGAGACAUUGGGGAUCGCAACUUCGGGCUCCACAGCUCCAGAGCUGAUGCCCUGUAUAAGGAGAUCGAUGUUAUCGUCAAUGGGGCUGCAACGACUAGCUUUUACGAAAGGUACGAUGUUUCUUUGGCAUCUAAUGCAUUAGGGGCCAAAUAUGCAUGUGAAUUUGCAAAGAAGUGCACGAAUCUGAAAUUAUUGCUUCAUGUUUCCACUGCUUUUGUAGCUGGUACCCAAGAAGGACUUCUACUGGAGAAAACACUCCAGAUGGGUGAAACGCUACGGCAAGGUUACUACUUGGACAUUGAAGCUGAGUUGCAGUUAGCUGAGAAGGUCAAGACUGAACUCAAAACAUCUAAGGGUGGUAGCUCAGACCAAUUGGAGAAGACAGCCAUGAAAGAACUUGGCCUAAAGAGGGCUUGCCAUUUUGGAUGGCCAAAUGUAUAUACAUUUACCAAGGCUAUGGGGGAGAUGUUACUUGCGGAGCAGAGGGGAGACCUUCCUGUCGUCAUAAUUCGGCCCACCAUGGUGACCAGCACAUAUCAGGACCCAUUUCCUGGGUGGAUAGAAGGGGCAAGGACAAUUGAUGCUCUAAUUGUUGCCUACGACGAGCAAGCAUUCCCAUGUUUCGUAGGUGAUCUCAAAGACACAAUGGAUGCGGUUCCUGCAGACAUGGUGGUAAAUGCAACGCUGGUAGCCAUGGCUGUUCACUGGAAUGAGAAAGGGCAAGUUGUUUACCACGUGAGCUCAGCACUCCAGAAUCCAUUGACUGGUUACGUUUUUGAGGACGCAUGUUGGGAUUACUUCUCCAUUCAUCCACGUGUACUAGAGAAUGGGAAACCCCUCCAAAACAGAAGGCCGUACCUAUUCAAGAGAUUCGCUUACUUCCGUGCAUAUCUGAUGCUGGUGUAUAAGCUACCACUUGAGAUGUUGCAUGCAGUGAGCCUAUUGUUAUGUGGGUUGUUUUCACAAUAUUAUAAUAAGCACAACCGAAGAUACAGUUUCUUGAUGCUCUUGGUCAAGUUGUAUGCACCGUAUGCCUUCUUCAAAGGAUGCUUUGAUGACACGAACUUGACAAGGUUGCGGAAGGAUGUAAAGAUGUGCGGUAGUGAUGGCAGCAUAUUUAACUUUGAUCCCAAAUCUAUGGACUGGCACUCGUAUCUCUUAAAUGUCCACGUCCCAGCUGUGCUGAAGUAUGGCCGGAAAAAGAAGGGAAGUGUAUAGAGAAGAACGGAAUCUUCCUAUCCUUGAGAUAAAGGAUAAGCAUCUUUGUCCAACAAAUGUAUAUCACACUGCCACACAUUAUAAUUUAUAUGAGCGAGCACAUGCAAGAAUAUGAUCUCUCUGUAUGCAUCUAUAAUAUAUGAAUAAAUAAAUAUUCAUAGACCCAAGUGUCGUUUGUAUGUGAUAACAUGUGUCAAUCAGUUCAAUUUUGUU